CUGAUUUAGAAUGGGCGCCCGUAGAGAUGAAUGCAUAUGUGGCCUGGCGGCGGCAGUGACUGACCUACUGCAGUCAGUACAACUGGAGUACCAUGGCUAUGAAGGUGAAAGUGAAGGCAAAGGUGCCAACAGUGACAAGGUGAAGGAACACCUUAAUGGACUCUUCUCCCUGGUACAGGGACUAGGUGGUACCUCCGUGGUCCGGACCUACAUAGACCAGCUGGCACAGGUACUCAGUGCACUAGUUGGGUGGAGUAAGAUAACGAAGUGUGAUAAUAGUGGCUGCAAAGGCACUAGUGGCACUAGUGGCGAUAGCAAUCCCCAUGGCCAAAGUAGCAGUGGUGGCAGUUGCGAGUAUCUAAAUGAGGUGACAGCGAACAAACCAUGUGAACAGUGUAGGUGUAUGAAAUGGGAUGUGCCCGAUGCGGGUGAUCACACUAAGGGACACCAUCUGGGCAGGGGGUGUACAAGGUGUAAGGAUAGUGGUGGUAGUAGUAGUGCACAGUGUAGCUGUGGUAGUGGCACCUGUACUCCUGACAAGUGUCAAUGCGCUAUAGAAGGCAAAUGCUGCAAGUGUUAUUGUAAGGAAGGAUGUAAAGAUAAGUGUAAGAAGGAUGCAAAGUGUAGCUGUAUCGAAACGGACACUAACGGCUUAGAUCGUCGUGUAUACAAAGAAACAUAUCAAUCGGCAUAUGGAGGUUUUCUCAGCUUCGAUUCAUACGUGGGAGGAAAAAACCAGGCAUACAGACAGCCAAUAUGGAAUGAUCUCAAUGGUAAACUACCUAGUGGUGACACGAUCUUUGGGCUACCUGAUGCUACUCCCUCCCAACGUCGCCAAAAAUGUGCCCAGAUCCUCCUAGGCUCAGUAUGUCUCAUCUGGAGUGGCAUUACUUAUAUGUAUUGGACAGGUAGAUAUGCCAAGGGUAGUCCUUACUGGAACAAUCACAUCCUGGACGGUAGUGGUAUAGAUGAUGGAAGCUUAUCCCAAUGGCUUCAGGCCCUAGGGUUUCCUAGGGAUAUGUUGAACAAUAGUGGUCCUGGAAAUAGAUGGGAUGCUGUUAUAUGGGAUGGACUUAGUGAUAAGUUGCUUCUAGGGUUUGCUAAGCCUAGUGGUGCCAGUGGCUGGGACACUGAGGGUAAUACAGCCAGAAAUCCAUUCGCUAUGAACUUUGCCGGUUUUGUACAUACUGCACAUAGGGAUUCAUUUAAUAAUAGUGCUAUUGUCUUCCAUAAGAAUGGCAAUGACGCUAGUAUUCCUGACACUAACCAGCACAAACGUGGCGCCCUCUUCAAGCUCUACAUUCUAUCAUGUGCCUACUUUACCGGGUUACAGAAGAAGAAUACCACUGAAAGUACUCCAAGGACCCCCAAGACCAUCCGUGAGAUCCUAUACUGGCUAAGUGCAUUGCCCUAUAGUCAGGCCUAUAAGGAUACACUAGACUAUGCCAAGGGAAGAUUAUCUGACGUACUCAAAAAACCCGAAGCCACUGACUCUACCAAUGGAGAAACACAAUUGAAAUUUAUUCAAACGGAUCGUCCCGCACCCAUUACCGUUCAUGAAUACAACCUCUUUGCCCACUUCCAAGCAGUGACUCAGUACUGCCCACUGGUCCUCAUAGGUAUCCAGGGUGGAAUACACAGUACCACCAAAGGUACUAAAGAACCUCCUAUUCACUCCCUCUAUGCCAACACUGAGUGCCACUUCACCUAUCCCACUGUGUCCAUCCAAGCAUACAACCAGGUGGUACACUACAUUAGGGCUCUGUUCUAUCAGUUGUACUUUCUUAGGAAGCAAUGUGCAGUGAAAGUGACUUGUGGAGGGAAGUGGCGUGAGUGUAGGUAUGGUCAGGGGGUGGUAUCCAAGGGGGUAAUCAGCUGGAUGUGCCUGGGGUGUGACCCCAUGGAGCAUGAUAGGAAUUAUAGGGUAAAGAAGGUAAAGGAGGAGUUGGAUGGGGUGAUCAAGGGGAAAGAUCCAAAGGAUCUUCCGGGGACCCUGAAGGAAGUACUAGAGAAGAUUGGUGAUGUAGUGGUACAAUUGGGUAAUGCUCAGGAGGCAUUGGAAGGGAAGAAAAAGGAGGCUAUAGAGGGGGUGCAGAAGGCACUAGAGGGGGCUAAGGAGGAACUGGAUAAACUGAAGGAUCUGGAUGGGCUGAAUGAUGAAAAACUAAAGGAAGCUAAGAAGAAACUAGUGGAGCUGACGAAUGGUAGUGGUAAUGGAAUACUAGGGAAGGUAUUAGGACAUGGUGGAUUAGAGACGGCUAAGAGUGAUGUGACAAAUGUUGAUCCCGGUAAGAACAAGAUCAGUGAUGCUAUCGAUGGAGUACACAAGGCAUUGGAAGCAUUGAAGGACGCAGUCCAACAGAUCAUUGAAGCAACAAAGAACGAUACAAAACAAUUCCAAGAAGCUAUUAUUACUGCUACCGAUGAAGCAGAUGUAAUCAGGCGGCUUCAAGAACCCCGAGAUAGUCAAAAGGCAACAUUGGAAGCGUUAUCAGAACUCCUCUCAGCCAUCGACCACCUCCUCUCCAUCUGCAACACCGCAAAGUGCCCUGGAUGUAAAGAUCACGCCACCAAGUGUGGCCAACCAUCAAAUCCCAGUAUCUGUAAGACCUGUCUCCAACCCACCACCACUGGAGUCCCCUCCCCCCUCCAGGCAUUCCUCGAGGAUCGGUUGCCAGGUUUUAGUUGUAGUGAAGUACCAGCAGACGACACGCCCGACUACCCACCCGCUGCAUCCCACUUACAUCACACUAGUGCUACUGGUCAAUGCUGCCCGUUGCCAAUGGGAUUCAGGAAUUCCUUCUACAGCGGCAGCACCGGUGACAUGACGGGCUCAAGACUCUAUGGUAUCCUCUACUUCUUCAGUAACGGGGACAUGAUGCAGUCGUGUGUCUAUACACUAGUGAGGGUCACUGCAGCUCUCAGUGCCACCACACCACAGGUAUUGGGUGACGUCUUUGGGUUCUUUAGGGGUGGUGUAGGAGAGAAGGAAAGUGGAAAGAACAAGAAGAAUUUGGUAGUGCCGUGUGAUCACAAUAAGGACCCAUCUAAGAAAGGAGAUGAUGACUACUUUUGCGGCUGGUGUGCCUCUGGGUUAAGGGAUGUAGUGAAAGAGAUAGAGUGGAUAGAAAAGGGUAAUGAAAGUGAUGGAGGGAAGUACAGAGGAAAUGUGGGAGAAGCCCUGAUACAGAUUAAAGGAGAAAAGGACGCUAAUACUGCUCUAAAGUCCAGCACAAGUAACCUCUCGAGACUCACUAAGAACUGCCAGUACCUCUCCCCCCUAACCGGUGAGCUGUACACCGCAGUGAGUGCCACCUUCGGUAACACAUACCUCUCAUGGGUACUAUACCUAUCAGAUGCACUUCAUUCAGGACUAGAGUCACUGGCUAGUGCUUUCCAGGAAAUCGAAUGCCGGGGCUGUAAGGGAAACUGUGACCCCAAUAAGUGCAAGAAGGGACAUCAUGGAGCAAGUAGUGAUGGACAGUGUGGAUGCCAACCAAUCGUAUCAUGUACCGGGGUACUACCAGUAUUGUAUAGGCAUGGCUUCAGCUAUGGUAACCCAUUCAAUCUGGAGGAGUACCAGCAGAAGGGAAAGGAGAAGGGAGAUUAUAGUAUUGCAGAGAAGGGUGGGAAGAAGCAGUGUCACGAGUUCUUAAGCAGUCUUCAGGCAGUGAUCCAGAACAAGCAGGACCCCUCUCAGGACCAGGGACAACACCCCCUCACCAAUCUCCUCUCCCAGGUCGGCAAACUCCAAUACGACAUACGGCUCCCAUGGAUAUUUGUCCUCACGGUGGCAUGGCUAGUAGCGGUACUCUACCUUGCAUUUGGUGCCAUAUGGCCACUGGACUGGACACAUAUGAGGUCGCAUUGGUUACGGGGUGGAGAGCACCAGUGGCAAUGUAUGUGGUAUAAGGUGAUGACGGGACGGAAGGGAAGAGUAGUGCUGGAGGGGGUGGAAAAUUUUGGUCAAUGUUUACUGGUGCUUAUUGUGAUGGUUUUGUAGCAUUGUUG